AUGAGGUGGCAGAGUGUUUCCUGGUUCUCGGGAGGUGGGCCGAGGGUGUGGGACCCUGUCCGCCGCACCCGCGAGACCAGCGGCCACCUCUUGUCCCCACCAUCGCUGCAGCGGAGGCUCUGGAGCCGGCUCCGACCCGAGGAGGGUUGCGUUUCCCGCUGUCUUCGUGAUGCUGGGUCAGGUGUUUCCGUGGUCAGGCCUCUUUGUACUCCAGCGCUGGUGGACAUUGUACCACUGAUUACCAAAGCAGACACAAUUUCUAAAAAUGAUUUACGGAUGUUUAAGAGUAAGAUAAUGAGUGAAUUGAUUAGCAGUGGCAUCCAGAUAUAUCAGCUCCCAACAGAUGAAGAAACUGCUGCUCAAGCAAACUCCUCAAUUAAUAUAAGUUUCAGUAACAAUAUCUGACAAAGAGGCUAUAAAUGAGUGUUUAUCCAGAAUCUAGUGUGAGAAUUUUUACAUUUUCUUUAUUUUGAAAAGCCUCUGCUGAGAAUUGAUUCUUUGGAAGCAGAUUUAUUUAGAUUUAAUUCAAACACCGUGUUCCUCAAGGAUAUUGGCCUAUAAUUUUCUUCUUGGAAGUAUAUUUUCUUGCUUUGAUAUCAAGGGGAUGCUGCCUCAUAAAAUGACUCUGAAGGUGUUACCUCUUUUUUCUGUUUUUUCAAAAAAUUUGAGGAUGUUAUAUAUUAAAAUUUAUUUGAAUGUUUGGUAGAAUUUACCCAUGAAGUAAU